AUGGCACCCAUAGAUUACUCGAAAUGGGACAACAUAGACACAGAUUCCGAGCCAGAGGUGUCGUCUACCCAGGUGCCCGCGCCUAAAGCCACCCAGCCACCUGCCCCAACCACCCCCACAGUCGCAGUCGUCCACAUCCACUCCGAUGGCAACGCGACCAUUGCCGUAAACGGGUUCACAUCUGGACGGCAAGAGCUGCCCCAAGCGGGUCUUCCGCAAGGAUCGCCGCUGUCUCCAGUGUUAUUCCUCUUCUUCAACGCCGACCUACGGAGUCGAACCGCACUGGAAUCCAAGCUAUCAUCGACAAAAGCCCUUGACUGGGAGAAACGGAGCGCCCCGGUCAUGGACUACGCUGCCAAUGUCUGGAUGCAUGCGUGCGGGGAAAAAGCACUGAGCUGGCUGAACAGGGCGCAGAAGAUCGGGGCCCUGGCCAUCACGGGAGCCUUUCGAACCGCGGCAACAGCCGUGGUGGAAGCUGAAGCGAGCAUCUACCCUGUACGAGAACGACACGUCCAGGCGGCAGCCAGUCUGUGGAUCAACAUCCACACGCUGCCCGGAACGCAUCCCCUUGCCAUGAAGAAAGUCCGGACCACCGUACGAUUCGUAUCUCCGCUGCAGAAAAUUGCCCGCGUGGCUGAAGGAGUACGAGUUGACCGGAUGGAGACAAUCCAGGAAUACGCCGUCCCGCCCUGGGUACCUCGCCUACGACCGACGCUCGAAGCCGAUCGAGGGAAAGGCGGCCGAGAUGGUCAACAAAAUCUCGGGAAUCGUGAUCGCAACCAGCUCAUCCCGGAGAUUGACUUCGCGCUGGGGUCAGAUGCCAAGGCAGCAGCCCAGAGAGCGUCGAAGCAAGGACGCACACCCGACUCCCAAAUACCCCAGGCCAAGUCUACCGCGAUGAGGCUGGCAAUGGAAAGACAACGGGCGACAAGAGUUCUACCUGUAGGCGUGGCUGAAGCGAAGGGAGGCCUGCGUAUUGGCGCAGCUCCGAACCGGAAUGGCGAGACUGAACGGUUUUUUGAGCAGGAUUGGGGCGGUCGAGUCAGACCUUUGUGCCUGUGGACAAGCGAGGGAAUCAGUGGAACACUUUCUUUUCCGAUGCGUGAGAUGGACAGCUCUGAGGGAAGACAUGCUGCAAUGCACAGUGGCAAGACGAGGAAGCCUCUCGUUCUAUCUGGGAGGGAAAGCGCCAUCAGAUACAAGGCAUUGGUCACCAGAUAUGAAGGCAGUCCGGGCGACGAUCAAAUACGCAAUGGCAACAGGAAGGCUGGAGCUGAAUGA